GGAACAGUCGCUCUUCAUUUUUCCUCUUUUCUUCCAACGGUCGGUUUACUUUGCUUCUUUUUUAUUCCAGUUCAUUUCAAUUUUUCUCUAUUUUAUUUUCUGAAAUUCUUCGAGGAUGAUCAGAUGCAAAAUCGGAGGUUUUUAUUUUAUGCCUCUUGCUUUUUCUUUUUCGUUUUUUUCGUCUUUUUCGUCCUUUUUAUUAUUUUUUUUAAUUAAUUUCUCUUUCCCCCCAUAUUCCUUUGCAUGCUGUUCCUCCCCACCAUUGCUUAAAUGUUACGUGUCGAGGAGCAAGGUGUGGCUAAAACAACCCAAAGUAGAUAAAUUAGAAUUCAUGGGGUGUUUUCUUGUCUUUCUUUUUCAAAAGGCGGAGAAAAGGACGGUGUGCUGAAAUGUAUGAUCAAACUACAGUGUUGUUGUUGUUGUUGUUGU